AGUCAUGAAAGUUUGCAGGUAGCUGAACUUCUCAGAAACCAGAGGGGUCUUUGCUGAAGACUCUUAUAAUUCUGUUUGUCGAGCUUGGUUUGUAAUCGUUCAGUUGAGCUUUUGUCCAUAAAACCGAUUUCCACAUAUAAGAUGGUGACUCCUCAUUCGCGGCCGACAGCCUCGCUGUCACCUGGUUCGGAGUUGUGCCUCGUUCUCUCGGCGUUAUUUCUGUGCAUCAUGACGAUUCAUCUCCUUUGGUUGUCACGUCUGGUGAUGCGUUGCCUUGUCGAACACAUGAAGGAAUGUAGGCUCAUUUUGUGUCGUCUGGACGACCAGACUGGGGAUAUAAAGUCUUGUCUUGAUGACCCUGUCGAAUACAGGAAAAUUGUGAAUGGAAUGUAGCUGAUCUGGUUUCUUUCACUUUAUUGGUGGUUCUCAGAGCAGACCUUUGUUGGAAAAAUUUUCAUCCCAUCCUUCGCACUUCAAUACAUCUGCUCUUUGAUGGUAAUUGGAAACGAAUAAUAGAGAACUAAAGUGCCUCUGGCUGCUAAUUUCUUUUUAACUACAGGAAGUGAAGACUUCGGCCACCUCUGGUCAGAGCAGAAGUCACAUUCUUCAUUGCCGGGUUAUGUGUGAU